GAGUGGACGGUUAGGUGUUCACACAACUCUGAUGAGUACAGACAUACUUUCUGAACUCAUUAGAUCUUCUCCCUUUGGAUAGGAUAUGACAUUUUGAACAGAGCGAGCUUGGAUUGUAACAAAUCACAAACAAACUGUGGACUAGACCUUUACAGAAUGAGAAACAUCAUGCACUUGACCUUUGGCUUCUUUUCAUGCCAAUCCAGCAAGAUGACGGCUAAAGCUGAGAUGGAAGCUGAGGAGGGCUACAUAUCCCCCCCGCCCACCCUCCCUUCCACCCCGUGUUCCAUCCACUUGGGAGUCCAGGCGGGCAGUAUGAGGAGGGGGAGCGACGUCCUCUCAACCAGCAGGGGCAUGGUGAGGGAGAGGGGCCGUAACCGCAGCUGGCUACUCUCUAGCAUCAUCACGGUCAACGUCCUGAUCCUAGGUAUUGCUCUGGUCAGUGGCAGUGUCUUCAACAACGUCAAGAUCAACGCCAUCAAUCUGCAGAUCUUCCUCAUCGUCCUCGUCAUCCUCACCACUGCCUGGAUGCUGUACUACACCAUCUACACAUCCAGGGAAGAUCAUGCUGUGCUCUACAAGGAUAGCCAUGCCGGGCCUGUGUGGCUCAGGGGUGGACUAGUGCUGUUUGGCAUAUGCAGUCUGAUUAUGGACGUGUUUAAGAUUGCUAACUACGUAGGCUACCUGCACUGUGACUCUGCUGUGAAGAUAGCAUUCCCUGUCGUACAAGCUGUAUUCAUACUUGUCCAGACAUACUUCCUCUGGCUCCACGCUAAAGACUGUGUACAACUACAACGGAACAUAACUCGCUGUGGGCUGAUGUUGACUCUGUCUACCAAUCUGAUGUUGUGGAUGGCAGCAGUAACAGAGGAGUCCCUACACCAGACUGUUGUUCCACCAGAGGACGGCAACAGCACACAUUCCGAUGACAUCAGAGCCCCUGGUGGAUACAGCAGCUGUAACUGCAGCCACUCUGCCUGUGCCAUCUUAGAGAAAGCCUAUUACUACCUGUACCCCUUCAACAUCGAGUACAGCCUGUUUGCCUCGGCCAUGGCCUACGUCAUGUGGAAGAACGUGGGCCGCCUGGUAGAUGAGCACAACCACCGAUCGCUCCAUUUCCGCUUGAAGGACGUGCUGGUGGGGCCUGCGGUCGGGCUGGUCAUGCUGGGGGCGGGCCUGGGAACCUUCGUCAUCUACGAGGUGGACGUGGAGAAGGGGGACCCGGGGAAACGUGACACGGCGCUGAUGAUACACUACGUGAUGAACACGGUGGCUGUGACGCUCAUGUCCGUCUCGACCGUGGCUGGUUGCGGCAUCUACCGGCUGGAUCAGAGGGACCACGUGUCGGGGAAGAACCCCACACGGAGCCUGGAUGUAGGCUUGCUGAUCGGCGCCUCAAUCGGACAGUUCACCAUCUGUUAUUUCACCAUUGUGGCUGUGGUGGCAACGGGGGCCGAGGGCCACCUCAACGCUCUCAACCUGGCUGUCUCCCUGCUCACUGUGAUCCAGCUCUGCCUGCAGAACAUCUUCAUCAUCGAGGGCCUGCAUCGCGAGCCCUUCCACGAAGACAUGCACCAGGCCUCCGUAUUCACAAACCCAUACGUCCUUCAAGCCCAAGCACAUAGAGACAUACACAACCUCCCAGGGACAUUCAUGGAGACCAAGUCGUCCCCGGCCCUCACAGUUCACAGUAUGCAUGUUGCUCCUUCUGCUCCUUCUGGCUCCCCCCUGCCUCAACGCCAUAGGCUGACAUGGAAGAGGAGAGCCCUGAAGGAGAUCUGUGCAUUUCUGCUGCUCUGCAACAUCCUUCUCUGGAUCAUGCCGGCGUUUGGCGCCCGCCCUCAGUUUGACAACACGAUUGGAGCAGAGUUCUACGAGUUCACCAUGUGGGCGGCUGUUGUGAAUAUCGGACUCCCCUUCGGAAUCUUUUACCGUAUGCACUCAGUCGCCAGCCUCUUUGAGGUCUUCCUAACCUCCUAAGCUGGAAAAUUACAGAAACAAUUCUGAACAAUUUUUUGUAUAAUAUUUUUUAUUAAAUAUUAUUAUAAAAUAUAUUUUAUUCCCACAACAAAUACAAACGUAUACAUAUGAACAACCAUUUACAGACGCACACAAACAACAGCUACAUCUCCUCUGCUCAGACCUGCAUGCUCACAUGCCCAUCCCUAGAACAACAGCUACAUCUCCUCUGCUCAGACCUGCAUGCUCACAUGCCCAUCCCUAGAACAACAGCUACAUCUCCUCUGCUCAGACCUGCAUGCUCACAUGCCCAUCCCUAGAACAACAAUGUCAUCUCAUCUGCCCAGACCUGCAUGCUCACAUGCCCAUCCCUAGAACAACAGCUACAUCUCCUCUGCUCAGACCUGCAUGCUCACAUGCCCAUCCCUAGAACAACAGCUACAUCUCCUCUGUCCAGACCUGCAUGCUCACAUGCCCAUCCCUAGAACAACAGCUACAUCUCCUCUGUCCAGACCUGCAUGCUCACAUGCCCAUCCCUAGAACAACAGCUACAUCUCCUCUGCCCAGACCUGCAUGCUCACAUGCCCAUCCCUAGAACAACAGCUACAUCUCCUCUGCUCAGACCUGCAUGCUCACAUGCCCAUCCCUAGAACAACAGCUACAUCUCCUCUGCCCAGACCUGCAUGCUCACAUGCCCAUCCCUAGUGCCUGCAUUAUUGUUUGCCACUUAGCCUUAAAUUGUACCAAUUUGUUUUUCUCGGAAGCCCAUGCUAUUUAGACAUUUCAAUAAUAAAUCAUUAGAUGUUUCCAUUGUGUUAGUGAUGGCGGGUUGAUUUCCAAGUUUUUAGUAUACAUAUUUUCAAGAUGAAUGAUAAGAAGAGAAUCAUCCAGCCCAUUAGGUAUCUCACUACCCUCCCAUAUGCCAUGUCUUGAAAUGUCCAGACAGAGGGAUUAAAAGUAAGUUUACAUUGUAAUGCUUCUGACAGCCAAUUUUCUAGCUCUCUCCAUAACUUUUGGACUUUAUAGCAUUCCCAGAAAGCAUGGAUUAUUGAGUUAUUAUUAAUGUUACACUUCAGACAUGACUCUGCCAUUGUGCUGAAUAAUUUUUUUAUUCUGUCUCUUGUAUCAAAAAUAUCUAUACGUUAAUUUAUACUGGAUUAAGCGUAAUUUCGUUAGCUAUGCUCCAACUUUCCCUCCUUCUUGUGUCAACAUCAAUUAUUUUUAAGUCUUGGUUCCAAUAGCUUAUAUAUUUUUCUAAGAGAUAGUCAGUUGGAUAUGCUCUCUGCAAGGUUUUGUAUAUCUUUCCAAUCAUAUGAACAUCAUUUUCUGACUCAAAUUUGUUUUAAAUAAGGUUGCUCUGAUGUCCAAAUGAUUUCAAAUUGAAAUUUUGUUAUAUGUAACUUAAGUUGCAUGUAUUUGAAAAUAUCUACAUUGGUCAGUACAAACUUACUUUUAAAUUAUGUCAUUUAUUUCCUGUUAUCAAGUCAUUUACAGUUUCAAUGCCUUUAGUUUUCCAUGUGUACCAAUUUAUCAGUGAAUUCUGAAAAGCUAUCCAAGGAUUGUUCCAUAAGGUUGUGUUUUUAGGGAGUGGUGUUGGUUCUUGUAGAAUAUGUUACAUUUUCUUCCAUAUUGUUAUAUUGUUCGUAUCUAUGAAGUUGUUCAUGUUCUUAGCUUUAUCCUUUGAACAUAAACAUGUAAAAAGAUUCUGAGGAUGAAUGCGCAUCUUCAAUAUUUACCCAUUGUUCAUCUUUAGUGUAUUUAACUAUAUGUCGCAAGUAAAAGCCUUGCAUAGCGAGUUGAUACAAUUCCAAGUCUGGAAGGUUAAAACCACCCUCAAAUUUAGGAAGAUGUCAAACUUUCCUUUCUAUUCUAUUUAUUUUAUUUGCCCAUAAAGUCUGUAAUGACCGAGUAUACUUUUUGUAUUAUUAUUAUUCGCCACGGUAAUUGGUAUUACUGAAAAUAAAUACAAAAACUUUGGGAGCCAUGCCAUUCUGAAGAGGUUUAUUCUACCUGUAAGAUUUAUGGGAAGAUUGUUCCAUUUAAUUAGAUUAGCUUUCAUAUUGUUGAGUAAUGGAAUAAAGUUAUCUUUAUACAUUUGUUGUUUGUUGUCACUUAUUAAGCAUCCUAAGUAAAAACCUGACGUCUACUUAAAGGAUUGCUGUAGGUCAUGAGUUAUUAUUUUCCUAUUGCCAUUAUUUCUGUUUUUCCCAGAUGUUUUUGAGAUUUUAAAGUAUUCUGAAAAUAUUUUUAGGAAACGGGGCAUUGAGUUUUUAAUAUUGGUAUUAUAACCUUUGUUAUUAUUUUAUUAUCACAAUUUAUUAAACUUCUGGGGUUUUAAUUAGCAGGGGACUCUUCAGAUUUUCCAUUCCAGGUGAAGCUGUUUGAGAGAAUGCCAAGAGUGUGCAAAGCUGUCAUCAAGGCAAAGGGUGGCUAUUUGAAGAA